AUGGCUAUCUUCAGCAUCCAGACUUCACCAAAUAAACUGAUCCCUUAUCUCGUUCGCGCCCGAGACGCAAGCAACAUCGAUGAAUGCAUGGCCGUCUACGAGUGCUGGGCGACUACAUACAACAGCGACCUGAGCGAAGACGGCCACAACUACGUUGCGCCAGUCCUUGUGGCACAGCUUGCGUACAAGCUGACCGCCGAUGCAGCGGGAGCUGCCUUUCUUGACGCUGGAUGUGGUACCGGAUUGGUCGGCCAAGCUCUGGCACGUCUCGGAGCCGAUGCGAUCGAUGGGCUCGACUUCUCCCUUGCUAUGCUUGACGAGGCUGAGCAGACCGGUGCAUAUCAAAAUCUGAUCCGAGCGGAUCUAACCCAGCGACUCAACAUCGCCGAUGCGACAUAUGACACGGUAACCUGCGUUGGCACUUUCACGCACGGACACGUUGGGCCGGCGCCUGCAUUAUGCGAGUUCCUGCGCAUAUGCAAACCAGGCGGUUUGGUAGUGGCAACUGUGAUUGAGCCGCUGUGGGACGAUGCAGGAUUCAAGAAGGAAGUGGCGCGAAUCGAAACAGGGAGAAUGGCGGAGGUGGUUCAACAAGAAGUCGUGGACUAUGUGAAGGGCCGCGGCGACAAAGCAAUUCUCGUUGUGCUGCGGAAGAAAGCGGUCCCCUGA